AGGCUACCGAAUAUUUAUGUAGUUUUUUUUUAAAGGGAGAAUAAAAUAAAAUAAAAAUUAUAUUUUGCUUUCUUAAAUAUUCCAAUACAACAUGAUGAUAGUAAUAUUGAUACAAAAAAAAUCAUAAUACCCUUGUGCUAUUAUAUUUCAUAUUUCCUAUCUCCACUGCAUACAUCCUGCGUGCAGGCUAACGGUAGCACGUUAGUAAGCAGUCUGCCGGCCUACGUGGGUAUAAAUCCGGUUUAAAAGCCUGAGAUAGCAGCUUUGCCUUGGUUUUGGCAUGUCAGACACUGAAUUAAAAACCUUUUCAACCCUCAUGGACGCCUUGCUUCGUAUCAGCUCCAACAUGAAGAGCAUGGAGCAGGAGCUGCGAUGCCCCGUGUGCGACGACACGGUGAAGCAGCCCAUCCUGCUGCCCUGCCAGCACAGUGUGUGUUUGCUCUGCGCCGCCAACGUCUUGGUACAGAGAGGCUACCCUCCUCCUGACCUGCCCCCGGAGCCGCAAUCGCCCGCCUCUACGCCCAACAGUCGCUCCCCGCGGCAGCCCCACAGACCCGCACCCAGGACACCGGACCACCUGGACCGCCUGCUUAGAACCGCUUGCAGCACAUACCCGGGGCGAAGACGUAAGGACACCGCCCCUCCUCCGAUGCUGUUCGCAUGUCCUUCCUGUCAGGAGGACGUGCAGCUGGCCGAGCGAGGCCUGGCGGAUUGUCCCCGCAACCUCACUCUGGAGCGAAUGGUAGAAAGGUACAGGCACACGUUGAGCCUCGGCAGCGUCGCCAUCGCGUGUGCUUUCUGCAAGCCCCCGCAGUCCCUGGAGGCCACGAAAGGCUGCGCCGACUGCAAGGCCAACUUCUGCAACGGGUGUUUCAAACUCUACCACCCCUGGGGGACGCCGCGAGCCCAGCACGAGAACAUUCUUCCCACCCACAACUUUCGCCCAAAGGUGUUGACGUGCACCGAGCACGAGCAGGAGCGCUUGCAGUGGUUCUGCUGCAGCUGCCAGCGGCUGCUGUGCUCGCUUUGCAAGCCGCGCCGCGUCCACCACAACCACAAAGUGCUGCCGACAACACAAGCCUACCAGGCCCUUAAGGAUAAGCUGACCCAGCAGGUCAACUACAUCCUGGCCAAUCAGGGGACCAUACAGAGCCAGAUCACGCAGCUGGAGGCCGCCAUUAAACAAAUGGAGGCCAACAGUGCUGUAGCUCUCCACCAGCUGACCCGCUGCAUGCAGGAGUUGGGGGCCUCCAUCGCCGAGCGCCAGGGGUCCUUGGCCACGGCCCUGGAGGGGUCCCGCAACAGGAGGGUGGAGACUCUGUCUGCUCAGGUGUCAAGGAGGCGGGACAUGCUGGAUCAGGCCGGCCUGAUGUCCUAUGCACACGAGCUUCUCAAGGAGACCGACCAGCCGUGUUUUGUCCAGGCUGCUAGGGUCACUCACAACAGGUUGGUUAAGGCCAUCGCCAACCUGCGAUGUUUCUCCCUGAACGCCGAUCCUUCGUUCCGACACUUCCACCUAGACGCGUCAAAAGAGAUUCCGCUCAUUCGCGGCUUGGCGUUCAUACGUGCUCCGCUGGCGCCGGUGAUCGACACUCAGAAGACGCUUGCCUACGACCAGCUCUUCCUGUGCUGGCGCCUCCCUCAGGACUCGGCCCCGGCGUGGCACUUCUCCGUCGAGUUCCAAAGGCGCACAGGAGCAGUUGGGGCCACGUGGGGCGGAACUCGAUCCCCCGACGCCUCCGCCGCGUGGCGGCGUCUGGACGAAGUGCGAGGCACCAGCGCCGUGGUGGACCAGCUGCAGAUAAACAGUGUUUAUGUGCUGAGGGUGAGGGGCUGCAACAAGGCCGGUUUUGGGGACUACAGCGAGGAGGUUUAUCUCCACACGCCUCCUGCUCCUGUCUUGUCCUUCUCGCUGGACCCUGGCUGGGGUCUGCACUCCGACAGGCUGGCACUGGGUAAAGGUCAAACGUACGCCCGCAGCGUGCCGGGCCUCUCCCUGCUGAAGGUGGCCGACCGCACGCUCACGGCUUGUCACUUGACCUCCGACCUCCUGGUAGCCGACCUGGCUGUCUCUGAGGGCAGACACUACUGGGCGUGCUCGGUGGAGCCUGGAUCCUACCUGGUCAAGGUGGGAGUAGGACAGGAGGUGAGGCUUCAAGAGUGGUUCCAUCAGCCCCAGGACGUGACGAGUCCACGGUACGACCCCGACAGCGGCCAUGACAGCGGCGCAGAGGACGGCCAGGACCCGCCUCCCUUCUGCUUCCUCACUGUCGGCAUGGGCAAGCUCCUCCUCCCCCGAGGACACGCCCCCCACAACCUGAGAGACUGUAGGAGCGUGGCCAGCUCGCACAAGGCCACGCCCCCUUACACGGCGCCCCUGCCGCCCAGACUGGGCGUGUGUCUGGACUGCGACGAGGGCCGCGUGGCCUUCUACGACGCCCACUCCCUGCGAGUGCUGUGGGAGGGGCUUGUGGAUUGCUCGGCUCCCAUGUGUCCCGCCUUCUGCUUCAUCGGCGGCGGCGCCCUCCAGCUGCAGGACCUGGUGGCCAGUCGCAGCAUUGAGGAGGAAGCAGAGCCGCCGGCAUUGAACGCCAAAUCACGAGCUACCAAGCUAAGUAAAGGAAGUGGAAUGUAGUAGGUACACACAAAAGUAUUUGGACACUUUUUUGGGUAAUUAAUCAUUUCAACUUUGUGGAAAUUCAUUUACCACAACAAAUUAACGGCGAUAAACGAGGGUUUGCCGCCGGGGCGCCCAAACUUUUUCCACUGAGGGCCACAGACAGAAAAACUGAAGAAUGCGGCAGCCAUUUUGGUAGUUUUCCCCUUUAAAACAAGUACAAAAUAUAGAUUUUAUUUUUAAAGAACUAGAAACUUCUUGACGAGCCAAAGCCAAACUGACAUGCGAACAGUUAACACGCUGACCAGGAAAAAUAUAAACAAAAUGAGCUAAAAAAAAAAAAGCCAGCAUGCUAACAGCACUGUGCUAACAUGCUAGCAAUAACACGCUUAUGGUUAGCAUUAAUGAAAUACCAAAUUUUUUCACACCUGCUAAAUUAGCUGAACCUCUCACGCAAAUUUUAGCAUGCUAACAUCCUAAAUGUUACAUGCGCCAAGUACCAAUAUAUAUUUUUGGGGAGAAUCCAUCCAUCCAUCCAUUUUCUACCGCUUAUUCCCUUUCGGGGUCGCGGGGGGCGCUGGCGCCUAUCUCAGCUACAAUCGGGCGGAAGGCGGGGUACACCCUGGACAAGUCGCCACCUCAUCGCAGGGCCAACACAGAUAGACAAACAACAUUCACACUCACAUUCACACACUAGGGCCAAUUUAGUGUUGCCAAUCAACCUAUCCCCAGGUGCAUGUCUUUGGAAGUGGGAGGAAGCCGGAGUACCCGGAGGGAACCCACGCAUUCACGGGGAGAACAUGCAAACUCCACACAGAAAGAUCCCGAGCCUGGAUUUGAACCCAGGACUGCAGGACCUUCGUAUUGUGAGGCAGACGCACUAACCCCUCUGCCACCGUGAAGCCCUCUUGGGGAGAAUCAAGUACCAAAAUAUGACUGAGGUUUAUACCUUCAAAAUGAGCUUUAAAAAAGCUAGCAUGCUAAUUGGUAUCAGGUAAAAAAUGUUUUGAUGCUAAAGGUAAAUAACUACAAAAUUAGUUUGAAAAAAGUUAGCACACUAACGUAAGCAUGCUACCAGGUAUCAAGUAACAAAAUGUAUAACGGCAAAAAAAGCUAGCAUGCUAAUAUUUUUUUAUAUUUUGUAGGUAUUCUCACUAAAGGUGAAUACCUACAAGAUUACCUUAAAAGAAAGCUAGCAUACUAACGUAAGCAUGCUAACAGGGAUCGAGUAAAAAAAUGUUUGAUGCAAAAAAAGCUAGCAUGUUAAUAUUUUUUUUAUAUUUUGUAGGUAUUCUCACUAAAGGUGAAUACCUUACAAAAUUAGCUUAAAAAAGCUAGCAUACUAAGGUAAGCAUGCUAACAGGAAUGGAGUAACAAAAUGUUUGAUGGCAAAAAAGCUAGCAUGCUAAUAAUUUUUUAUAUUUUGUAGGUAUUCUCGCUAAAGGUCAAUACCUACGAAAUUAGUUUUAAAAAGCGCUAGCAUACUAACGUAAGCAUGCUAACAGCUAUCGAGUAACAAAAUGUUUGAUGGCAAAAAAAUCUAGCAUGCUAAUAUUUUUUUAUAUUUUGUAGGUAUACUCGCUAAAGGUGAAUACCUAUGAAAUUAGCUUAAAAAAGCUAGCAUGUUAACAGUUAUCAAGUAACAAAAUGUUUGAUGGCAAAAAAAAGCUAGCAUGCUAAUAUUUUUUUUCACAUUUUGUAGGUAUUCUCACUGAAGGUGAAUAUCUACAAAAUUAGCUUUAAAAAAGCUAGCAUACUAACGUAAGCAUGCUAACAGGUAUCGAGUAAUGACAAAAAAAGCUAGCAUGCUAAUAUUUUUUUAUAUUUUGUAGGUAUUCUCGCUAAAAGGUGAAUACCUAUGAAAUAAGCUUAAAAAAAUACUAACAUACUAAUGUAAGCAUGCCAACAGGUAUCGAGCAACAAAAUGUUUGUCGCCCAAAAAAAUAAAAGCUAGCAUGCUAAUAUUCGAAUGCUAAUGAUUGUCGGGCUGCAAAGGGCCCCCAGGCAGCAUUUUGGGCAAUAUACUGUAUUACCCAAUGAUGCCAAUUCAAAACUCCCGAUGCCACUUAGGCAUUAAUCAAACCAGUAAACAUAACACAACUAAUGGACAAAAAUGUAUAUAAAAAUGUUUUUAAGACAUUAUAUCUUUGGGGGAUAGGACCGGCUACACUAUAAACAUAAAUAGUGCCGUUGUUCUAAAAAAACGACCACAAAUCUGUCGUGAUGACGGGGGUCAAGUGAUGCUAAAUUAGCCAUUAUCUCAAUGGGCUUUUGAAUGGACAUCAUACCCGUGACGUCAUUUAGUCCAUCAAACUAUAACAAGCAAACAACGACCACGUUGAUGAUCAGCUUGAAGUGACCGCUUACCGAUAUCACAGAGUCCGUGUACCAAUAGUGAACUCCAUCUAGUGGUACGUAAAAAAAAUAUCACUUGAUUAAAGUACAGUGUUUUAUUUUGCUAUAUUCAAACAGUGUUACAGUUCAAAGUGUGUAGUGUCACAAUGGCCAAAAAUAGUAAAAAAAAAAAAAAUCGUGUUACAAAAAAACAGACUUGUUUUUAAUUAAAACUUAGGGUUUCUACCUUACUGUAUUUUAAUGGGUGUCAUUAUGGUGGUACUUUGAGAGCAACGUUUUUUUCUGAGGUGGUACUUGGUGAAAAAAGGGGCAUAGAGUAUUUAUGCCAGGGGCUGGCCUUGCCCUCACUCGCAAUGAAAGUGUCCAAAUACUUUUGAUGAUGAUUUUUUUCAAAACUAUAAGAUUUGAUUUAUCUCGCAAAAAAAAGUGUACCAUCAAUGUUCCAACUAAAGCCGGGGUAUUGUUGAUUUAAACUGCAAAUUGGACAGGGUGUUAAGUGGAAGCAGCUAAUAAUUAAACUCAUUGAAUAUGCGAUAAA